AAUUGCCGCUCUACUCACUUCUUCCAUUUCUGUGACUCAAAGCCGCUCAUGUUUCUAUUCAGAGUAAAAGGAGCCAAGACAAGAGAUCCGCAUGAGAGAAAGUCAAAAACCGAAGGAAAGUGUUGAGAACGCAUCAAAGUGAUACAUUGGUCUGUGUUGAACGCAGGUGUGUGGAGUUUGGGUCAGGAUGCGGCCGGCUCUGUUCCUCUGUCCCGUCCUGAUCUCUCUGUUAGUCCUUCUGUCUGGACUGACCCUCAUCAGCGGCUGUAACAAAGCUCUGUGCGCCAGCGACGUCAGCAAAUGUCUUCUACAGGGUCUGUGUCAGUGCCGGCCGUCGGAGGGAAACUGUUCGUGUUGUAAGGAGUGCAUGCUGUGUUUGAGCUCUCUGUGGGAGGAGUGCUGCGACUGUGUCGGAAUGUGUAACCCCAGGAAUUACAACGACAGUCCAGCCACCUCCAAGAGCACCGUAGAGGAGUUGUACCGCCCAAUCCCGUCGCUCUUCCGCGCUCUGACCGAAGGCGAUGCCCCCAUUAACAUGAUGGUCGUGUCGUUCCCUGUCGGAAGUAAAAGAACAUUUCUGUAA